GUCCCGCCUCCCGGCGGGGCCCGGCCCGGUGGCGGCGCAGAGGCUGCGGGCGGCGGCGGGCACGGGCAGGAGGAGCGCGGCGGGCGCCGUGCGGGGACGCGAUGCACUCGCUCUUCAGGAAACGCAACAAAGGGAAAUACAGCCCCUCCGUGCAGAAGAAAAGCAUCUCCAGCAAAGAGCUGACCGAGCUCAUCGAGCGCCUGCAGAAAAAUGCUGACCAGGUGGAGAAAAACAUCGUGGAGACCGACUCCCGAAUGCAAAAUGACCUGCACAAGAUCAAGGCGUGCCAGCUGGCGCAGUACAAGGAGCUGACAGCACAGAAACUCUCCGAGUCAGACAAGCUGCUCUACGUGCUGGACGGGGACGCGGCCGUGGCCCGGCACAUGAAGCACCCCCAGGGGGACAUGAUCACAGAAGACAUCCGGCAGCUGAAGGAGCGCGUGGCAAACCUGCGUGUGAAACACGAGCAGAUCUACAACUUCCCCCUGCAGCACAUCGAGCCCCAGGUCAACUGGUCAACAGUGAUCGAGGAGAAACAGGAUGCACUGAGCAGCAAAGGCUUUGGGACUGACCUGCCGCUGGUCAACAGCCAAGUAGAAGAGCACAACAUCUUCCACAACGAGGUCAUGGCCAUCGGGCCACACAUCGUCAAGGAAGGAAGCAAGGAAAACAUGAGCGACUUCCAAACCAAAUACCAGAAGCUGCUGGCCGGCUCCCAGCAGCGGCAGCAGGACCUGAACUCGCUGCAGGAUUACAUGCAGCGCUGCACCAACAAGCUCUACUGGCUGGAUCAGCAGGCCAAGGACAGGACCCAUUACGACUGGAGCGACCAAAACUUGGACUACCCCAGCCGGCGCCGCCAGUACGAGAACUUCAUCCAUCGGAAGCUGGAGGAGAAGGAGGAGGCCAUCAACAAGCUGCACGCUGAUGGGGAUCAGCUGCUGGCCCAGAACCACCCUGGGAAGAAUGCCAUCGAGGCUCACAUUGAGGCCGUGCACGCUGACUGGAAGGAGUACCUGAACCUGCUGAUCUGCGAGGAGAGCCACCUGAAGUUCAUGGAGGACUUCCACAAGUUUCAGAAGGACAGCAAGGAUGCUCAGGAGCUUUUGAAGAAGGUGGAUACAGACCUGGACCAAAAAUUCAGCCCGGAGUUCAAGGACAGAUACCAGCUGGAGUCCCUCCUCCGGGAGCUGGAUGACCAGGAGAAGGCCCUGGAGAAGUACGAGGCCGUGGUGCAGUCGCUGCAGGAGCGCAGCCGGCAGGUGCUGCCGCUGCGCUACCGCCGGCAGCCGCCGCCGCAGCCCAUCGCCGUGGAGGCGCUCUGCGAGUUCGAGGGCGAGCAGGGCCAGAUCAGCCGCGGAGCCCACUACACCCUGCACAGGAACAGCGGCGACCUCUGGGAAGUGGCCGACAGCGCAGGAGACACCAUCAGCGCCCCCGGGGUCUGCUUCAUGAUCCCCCCGCCCGACCCCGAAGCGAUCGCCCUGGCAGAGCAAAUUGCCAAGCACUAUGUGGCCGUGAAGGAGAAGACCAACAACUGCAAGAAUGUUCUCCAGCAGCGCUAUGAGGGGCUGAAGGCAGACAGCAUUGGAGAUGCUGCAUCAGUUCGGGGUCGCCAGCUCCUGGCAGGGCUGGAGAAAGUCAACAGUGACCUGGACAAGCAGGAGAAAGCGAUAACAGCAAACCUGCGGCCGCCGCUGGAGCAGAGCCGGGCGGUGCAGGACAGCACCGAGCGCUCCAAGGACCUCAAGGUGGGGCUGGGGGCUGAGGGACGGGGCUCCCAAAGAGUUGAGGUGGCCACAAACCUGGAGAGGAGCCUCCAGCAAGGCCGAGACCUGCUGUCAACCUAUGAGAACAAGCUGGUCAUAGAUGACACGGUACCAGAGGACUUGAGGGUGGUGGACAGGAAGAAGGAAGAGCUGCUGGCCAUGGGCAGCGAGCUCCAGUCCAAGAAGUUCCUGCUCAGUGAAGCCGAGCAGAACCUGCAGAGGACCAAGACGUGCUCCAACACCCUGGCCAGCAAGUUCCAGGAGCACUGCCCUGACAUCGAGCGCCAGGAGGCAGAGCUCUACAAGCUCAACCAGCGCUUCAACAACCUCAGCAAGCAGAUCGACCACAGAACGCAAACCCUGCAGAAAGCAAAAAGUGCCUACUCCAACUACCGUGCCAACUAUGACAAGGUGAACCAGUUCCUGUGCAACAUCCCCAACUAUGAGCCCCAGGAGACUGACAACAUCCAGCAAGUGGAGAUGAAGCUCAAGAGCCAAGCGGCACUGCUCAGUGACAUUGCAAGCAAGGAACAGGAGGUGCAGAAGGUCUCUGCCACAGCUCAGCAGUACCAGCAGGCAGUGAAGGACUACGAGUUGGAGGCUGAGAAGCUGCGGUCCAUCCUGGACCUGGAGAACGGCCGGAAUGGCUACACCAGCAAGAAGCCCAGGCUGCAGUCCCCAGCUGCCAAAGUGAAGGAGGAGGAAGCUGUUCUGGCAGCCAAAUACACAGAAGUGAAUGCUGUGAACAAGCAGAGGCUGCAGAACCUGGAGUUUGCCCAGAGCCUCCUGCGACAGCAGCCAGAGAUUCAGGUGACACAAGACUUUGCCCAGACCAAAAAGUCUGUAAGGCCUGUGGAAGAAGUCUGGAAGUUGAAGAAGGAGCUCGAGGACGAGACUCAGCGUCGGCAACAGCUCGAGGCAGAGAUUGAAGCCAUUCAGAACAACAUUGUCCACCUGCAAAAUCAGAAGCCCCAAGAAACUGUGGUGAAGAAAGAACUGCUGAAGAAGGUGCCUGACCCCCAGCUGGAAGAGAGUUUCCACAGACUGCAGCAAAACCUGGCAGAGGAGCAGCGCAAGAACCAGGCGCUCCAGGAUGAGCUGGAGGCUCUUAAGAUCCGGCUGCGAGUCCUGGAGCACGAGAAGAGGGAAGGAGGGCAGGAGUACAUAGUGAAAGAGGUGCUGAGGAUUGAACAAGAUAAGGCUCAAGCUGCUGAAAUCCUGAAGCUCAAAGAGGAACUGGAAGAGCUCAGGAGGCAGGAAGGGACCAGGGAGAGUGAAGUCAUCCUCUUACGCCAACAAAUUGCUGUGCUGUCCAGCGAGAAGAACAAAGAGCAGGAGAAGGUGACGGAGAAGGAGGUGCUGAAGCUGCAGAACGAUCCCCAGCUGGAGAUGGAAUUCCGGAUGUUGCAGGAGACCAAGGAGAGGGAAAGCGCCCUUCGGCAGAAGCACGAGGAAGAGCUCAGCUUCCUCCAGGAAAAGCUCAAGCGUCUGGAGAAGGAACGGGCCAUCGCCGAAGGCAAAAUCACCGUCAAGGAGGUGCUGAAGGUGGAGAAAGAUUUGGCCAUUGAGAGGGAGGUGAACGAGCUCCGGCGCCAGUACGAAGAUGAGAAGUCCAAGGGCCGUUCCAAUGAGCGGGAAAAGGCUGAGCUGCUCAGGAAAAUCCAGCUGCUGGAGGAGGAGAACUCCAAGGUGGUUGUUCAGGAGAAAGUGCGUGAGAUUGUGCGCCCAGACCCCAAGGCUGAGAAUGAAGUUGCCAACCUUCGCUUGGAGCUGGUAGAGCAGGAGAGGAGGUACCGCGGUGGGGACGAACAGCUGAAGAGCUGCCAGAGCGAACUGGCUGCUCUCAAGAACAGAGGGCCCCUGGUAGAAGUCAAAGAAGUCAUUAAGGAGGUCAUUAAGUACAAGAAUGAUCCAGAAACCGAAAAGGAGCUACAGCGACUCCGGGAGGAGAUAAUAGAGAGGACCGGAGCUAUCGAAAGAGCUGACCUGGAGAUCUACCAGCUGAAACAAGAGAUACAAGCGUUGAAAGACACCAAACCUCAAGUGCAAAUGAAGGAAGUUGUUCAAGAAAUCCUCCAGUUUCGGGAAGACCCCAAGACUAGAGAGGAGGUAGAGUCGCUGCGAGUGCAGCUGGCAGACGAACAAAUGAAGCACAUUGACCUGGAGAGGGAACGACUUCUCCAAGAAGAAAAAGUAAGACUGAAGGAGGAAGAACUUUCCCAGGUGAAAGAAAAGGUGGUCCAACAGGAAGUAGUGAAGUAUGAGCAGGAUCCUGCCUUGAAAGCUGAGGUGAACUCCUUCUCCCAGAGCAUCGAGAGCGAACUGAAGCAGAUCGACGGGCUCCGUGAGGAGCUGCGCAAGCUGCAGAGGAGACGCUCCGAGCUGGAGCGGCAGCUCGAGGAGCUGGAGAAGGAGAGACAGGCCCGCAGGGAGGCCGAGCUGGAGGUGCAAAGGCUCAGGAUCCGGCUGAACGAGCUGGAAGAACAGGAAAGAGAAACGACAGAACGAGUGACUGUGAAACAGAAAGUGAUCCUUCAGCAAGAUCCCCAGCAGGAGAAGGAGCACUCCCUCCUCAAGCUGGAGUUAGAAGAAGAGAAGCACCGAAGACAAGUCCUGCAAACCGAGCUAGAAGCCCUGAGAAAGAAGCUCCUUUCUUUGGAGAAGAUGGAGGUCAAGGAGAAAGUGGUCUUUUCAGAGAGUGUCCAAGUGGACAAAGGAGACACGGAGUAUGAGAUUCAAAAGCUGAAGAGCAACCUGGAGGAAGAAAGUAGGCGCAAGAGGGAGCUGGAUGCAGAUCUCAACCGCCUGGAAACCAGGCUGUCCGAGGUGGAAUUCAACAACUCCAAGUCAUCAAAGGAGCUAGACUUGUUAAGGGAGGAAAACCACAAGCUCCACCUUGAGAAACAGAACCUACUGAUGGAAACAAGAAGACUGCAGUCAGAGAUUGAACUCACCGCAACAGAAGCUCAGGAUUUGAGAAACAUGACCCACGUGGACAGUGGAAUAAACCUGGACUCCAGGUUCCAAGCUUUGGAAAGAGAGUUAGAGGAUCUGAAGCAGUUAUCCAGAGAAAAAGAUGCAGAGAUUGAGCAGCUCCAGAAUCGCCUGAAGACAGUGGCUAUCAAGAGGGAGCAACGAGAGAACCACCUGAGGCGCUCCAUCGUGGUCAUUGACCCCGACACAGGAAAAGAGAUGUCUCCAGAGGAAGCUCACGUGUUUGGCCUCAUCGAAUGGAGCCUGUUUGUCAAACUGAAGAGCCAGGAAUGUGACUGGGAGGAGAUCUCAAUAAAAGGUCCCAACGGGGAGUCGUCUGUGAUCCUCGACAGGAAGUCUGGCAGGGAGUUCUCCAUCGAGGAUGCCCUGAAGAGCGGGAGGCUCACCACGGCCCAGUACGACAGUUACCUCAACAAGGAGAUGUCCAUCCAGGAGCUGGCAGUCUUGGUGUCCGGAAGCAAUUACACAGCGCUCGCUCCACUUUAGAAACUUCACUUCAAGAGCAGCCAGUCAGAGCUGCAGCACCUUGCAGACAUCCAGAUCACUGCAAAGCCUCGCCCUCCUUCGCGUCUUCCCAACUGCUACAGCCUCUGCCCCGGCCAUGCUACGCAGCCACUCCACUUGUUGUCACACUGCAGUAAACACCACCAGUAGUGGAAAGUAUCUGCCAAACUCCUGAAACCCCUCUUCCUCCCUGCCUACCAGAAAACAAGAGAAAGCCUUAGGACAGUGAAGUGCCUCAAGUCCAACAGACUCAGUAGAACCUGCAGUUUCCUCAACUCCUACUCACAUAGUCGUGUACGAAGCCGUGUCAGGAGAGAGACUGAAGGUCCAGGUGACUCUGAGGUGACCAGCACGAGCUGGUUACAUCAGCUGCAUGUUGAUAAGCCAGACAGUCCCACCGCGGACAACUGACUCAAUGACGGGCUCGUCCUCUGAGAAAGCCAGCUCUGUGGAAACCAAGGUUUCAGCCCAGAAUCACCACGUCAACACUCACCACCACCAUUUGUUCACCUCUGUGCCUGUGCUGCUGGGGAAGAAUGAAGGUGUACUUUGAUGGCACCAGCCAUUGAUCCAGAAGGAGCAUUCACACACCCCAGAGGUCAAGGAAAAGGACCUGAAGAGAUGGCAGAACCACCAGACACAAGGGGUUGUGCGCAGCAUGCGAGGGAACCCAAUGCAGAGAGCCUCCCACAGGCAGCUCCUUCACUCGUGGUUAAAAGCUGUUAGUGCUGGUGUUUUCCUGGAUGGAGUUACAUGCAGCUACAUGUUUCAUUUACUUGUGUAAGGGAAUGGGGAAUAGAGGGGAAUUCUAUUUAUAGUACAAAAUAAAAAUGCAGUGGUUCCAAUUA